UCGGCCAAAUUUUAGCUUUGCGACGUUUUCAGUCAUGGAAGAAGCACUUCUUUGGUCGUCCUAUGGUAUUUGUAUUGCGAUAAAAGGCAGAAAUAAACGAAAAAAUCGAAGAUUAAGAUGGUCGAGGGAAUGGUUAUUAAAAAGACAGGAAUUUUCUCAUGUCAGGAUAUUACGUGAACUUGAACCAGAUGAUUGGCGUAAUUACCUGAGGAUGGACACUGAAACAUACAACCAUUUGUUAAAAUCUGUUACUCCUUACAUUGAAAGGCAAAAUACCUGUAUGAGAAAAGCCAUUUCAGCUCAUGAGAGACUUAGUGCCACGUUAAGAUUUCUUGCCACAGGAAGAAGCUACAAAGACUUGGAAUUCACCACCAUCAUGUCCAAGCAAUCACUGAGUGAAGUUAUACCGGAAACGUGUGACGUUAUUUACAGGGUUUUAAAAAAAGACUUCCUAAAGUUUCCAAAAAGCGAACAGGAGUGGUUACAAAUAGCAGCCGACUUUGAAAAAAAAAAUGGCAAUUUCGGCAUUGUUUGGGUAGUAUUGAUGGCAAGCAUAUCAGAAUUGUUCCUCCCAAGGGAAGCGGAUCAUAUUACUUUAGCUACAAAAAGACGCAUAGCAUAGUUCUUAUGGCAAUUGCUAAUGCGAACUGUGAGUUUAUCUACUGCGAUGUUGGCACAAAUGGUAGAAUCUCUGAUGGUGGAGUAAUUGCUAAUACCACAUUUUAUGAAAAACUAGCCUAUAAUAAUCUAAAACUUCCUAAUCCGGAAUCUAUGCCCAAUUCUAACGAAAUUCUUGGAUAUACGUUUAUUGCAGAUGAGGCCUUUGCAAUGCGUUCCGAUCUUAUCAAGCCAUAUAGUAGGGAAACACUCAAUAGAGAAUGAAGAAUUUUUAACUACCGGUUAUCAGAGCCCGACGGACUAUUGAAAAUACUUUUGGCAUUUUAUCGUCCCGAUUUCGAGUUUUCUACACUGCUAUAAAUUUAAAGAAAGAGAACAUUGACAAGGUUGUUCUAACAUGUUGUGCAUUACAUAAUUUCCUUCGCAGGAAGUCUCCAGAAAAUUACACACCCCCAGAAAGUAUGGAUAGAGAAAAU